AUGUCACACAAACACGACUCUACUUCCUCUCAAAUCUACAGAACCGAGAGCUCAUCUCCUGGUGUUCUCCAAGAUGUGUCGACUCCCCAAUUACGAAAGAAUCGAUCUUUCAUUUCAGUUCUCGGAAUGUCUCUCGCCAUCACUGCGGUACCUUAUGGACUUGGUGGUCCGUUGAUGUCCUCAGUCUACGGCGGUGGACAGCUCUCGAUGUUCAUUGGUGUCUUGGUGGUUGUUCUUCUUCAAGGUGCCGUUGCAGUAUCCCUGGGAGAACUCGCCUCUCGAUACCCAACUUCCUCGGGAGUGUACUACUGGUCGUACAGACUCACCGAGAAUAAGAGAUACCAACACGCAAUGGCCUACUUUACCGGAUGGGUAUGGCUUAUUGGGAACUGGACCAUCGCACUCUCUGUCAACUUUGGAUUCGCAUCUCUCAUCGUUGCGACUGUUACUAUGUAUCGACCCGAGUGGACCGCCACAGCGAACGAGACUCUAUAUGUAUUCUUUGGGAUCUGCAUAUUCAUUUUUAUCCUCUGUGCAGCUGCAGAUAAAGCAUUGCCUUUGGUCGACACUGCAGCAGCAAUUUGGAGUGUUGUGACCACCGUCGCAAUCCUGAUCGCUCUCAGUUCUACUGCCAAAGUAGGUCGGCACUCGCCUUCAUAUGGACUCACGCACUACGACACCAAUAUCUCUGGCUGGGGCGAGUUUUCGUUCUUCAUUGGACUCUUGCCUCCUGCGUACGCUCUCUCGGCUAUCGGUAUGGUCAUGUCGAUGACUGAGGAGUGCUCAAAGCCAGAAAUUGAAGUCCCUCGAGCAAUCAGCAUGUGUAUUCCGAUUGGCGGCGUCUCGAUGCUUGUGUUUGUUCUCCCUAUCUGUUUCACCUUGCCUCCACUGGAGGAUAUCCUCGCAGCCCCUUAUGGUCAAGCACUCCCCUUCAUUAUCGACACUGUCACUGGGUCUAAACCCCUCAGUUUGACGCUCUUGAUCAUGAUACUGAUGGUCACUCUCUUCUGUUCCAUCAGCAUCACUACAACAGCCUCUCGAUGCACCUGGGCCUUGUCAAGAGAUGGGAUGCUGCCGUUCUCUCAAAUUUGGUCUCGGACACUCUUCAACCAACCUGUCUACGCUCUAGCCCUUGUCACAGUCAUUGAGAUUUGUCUUGGCUGCGUCAAUCUCGGCAGCGCAAGUGCCUUUACCGCCUUUGUCUCAGUCGGAGUCAUUGCCCUCGCCUGUGCAUAUCUCAUCCCAAUCGCCAUCAGUCUAGCCUUUGGGAGAACUGAAGUAGCCAAGGCAAAGUGGCACCUGGGGGCUAUCGGUACAGCGGCCAAUGCAACCUCAGUCUGCUGGAUCCUCUUCCAAUUGGUACUAUUCAGUAUGCCAUCUGCAUUGCCGGUUACAGCCGAGACAAUGAACUAUGCGUCAGUAGUCUUUGUGGGGUUCUUGGUCCUGUGUGGAGUUUGGUACUUUGCCUGGGGAAAAAGGAAUUAG